CGUGGAUACGAUCGGUAGGAUUGAGAGUCACUGACCAGGGAUAUGACGAUGCGUCAUAAGUAAAUACACAGUGCGUACCGGUAACUCGUUAUCAGCGUUUACGCGCGGUCUCACCUAGCUGGCACGGGAGGAGCACAUUCAGUUUGCUGAAAAGAGAGAAUCGGUUCCGUUCCCGUCCGUAGCCGGUGUUAGCGAUCAUGCACGUACUCCGAAUCCAUUCUCUGUUCGUUAUUCCCGGCCUGUCUUGCUCUUUCUUGCCUUCUAUUGCCCCCACCUUCUGUUUCUCUCGCUCUGCGCGCAUUACGCGAACCACUCGCAGUCAGUCAGUACAGAGGCAUCGUUGACGCCGUCUCGUCCCUCCUUUUCCUACUCUUUCUUUCCUUUCUCGAUUUCCUCCCCCUCCCCCUCCCCGCGAUUAAUACCUCUAUCUCUCCGUUGUUCUUCGCGAUGUCCCGUAGAUCUCGGACCGACGAUAGGUCUCGUUGGUUUUCAUCCGACAACGCAACGCGUCGCGCCGCGAUCCUCGUGCUGUGUUUUUAAGUUGAAACGUGAAGUUCCGUCGACGGUAUUGUACAGUCGAUAGUAGCAGUGACCAGUGGCUGUGACCGCACUGAAACGCACUCGAUGUCGCGAAAAGGACAAAGAAAUCACCGAGACGGUCAAUCCCAACGUCGGCGCUGUUGAGCAGUGAUUCGUGGAACGCCAAAGAUGGAGGCGGCGAAGGAAGUCGACGCUGAAAAUCGUUCGAGAACGAGCGCACAGGCUGGCAAUAAGGAAGGGCCCGAGAGGCUUCGAGUCCUCUCGGUCGACAAGCUUACCGUCGAAAAGAUCAUCUUGGAGUCCUCGACUGGAUCGCGAGAAGUGCUCCUGACGAAAAAUGAGAGUUCCAGGAAAUUGUCGAUAAAGACAGAAUCAGGAGAGACGGUUCCUACGCAAUCCAAAGACGAACAAAAGUCUUCCACGAAUGUCGAGCAUUGCGCUUCGCUUACGAAGGAUACGUCUGUGCUCGAGUCUAACAACAACGUUUCUGAUAACGAAGCAACCUCGAAGACUCGCGAGACCAACGACGUCUCUCCUCAGGAUGCUGAAAAGAGAAUCAAGCCCAUAAAAUUGACGAAGAGCCCUUCCAUUGGUAGCAUCGUAGUAGCGGGCCUCAAGACUACCUGUCCAAGUGACGCGAGAAGCAAGAUUCCACCUAAGGUACCCGAAAAACCAGCUGCAAGGAACUUUGUUCUAUCCUCCCAGAAUGAAAGAGAGUCUAUCAAUUCGGACAGUUCGAAACCCAACGACAAGGUAACCGUGGCGGUAUCUGAGAACAUAAAUAAAGAAUCGAGUCCUCUAGAGCCAGUAUCGAAUACUGGUCCAGAUCACGGCAGAGUCGAAUAUGACGAAGACAACGAAGCUCUAUUCGUAAAAGCAAGUCAUGAUAUCGUGGGGAAAGGACAGCAGAGACUUAGAGAGAACGACGACAAAGUCGACAGCCUCGUGGAGAUCGACGCGAAAGAUCGUUUAGAGAAGAGUCAAUCGAAGAUCAAGGACCUUCAGGAAAAUCUAGGUACCAAGAUCGACGCCAGCACGGCCGAAAAUUACAAGAGAAAGCUGCUGGAAUUGCAGGCGACCUGCACCCUGAAGCUGCCCGUCGUCGUUGACUCGAACGCGAACGAGAAAUUCAUCGGCGGUGUUGCGUUUGACAAAGAGUUUCUCCGCAAGCACAACCUUGACAAGAGGUUGAAGAUCGAGGAGAACAGGGUCCUGGAGACGGAUCUGGAUCGCGUAUCCAGCGGGGAACGAAACGACGAAGAGUCGAGCGAAAGGAUCGUAACGGAGAGGAACGCCAAACCCAGUUACAGCAAGAAGGUGUCCGAAGUGGAGAAGAGGUGGUCAGGAGAAUUUCUGGAGAGUCGUCUGGAGCAUCACUCCUCGGAGUCAUCCAAGUCCUCUUACGUCGAGGAGUUCGGUAGUGUUUCGUCUAGAGAAAGUGUCGACGAAGAUCGCAGCACGUUUGUUCUCGAGCAGGGAAAACGACAAGAUUUGGAGGAAGACAAUGGACUGACAAUUGACAUCACAGGAAGACAAACUUCGGAGGAAGUUCUGGCGGACAACACUGACGUUAGCACGAUCGACUCGGACUCGUGCCUAGAGGACAGAAUCAAGUCCGUGGAUGAGGACUUCCAGGACACAGUGAUCAAGAUAGCCGAGUGUAAGGGAACCGAUCAGCGACGAGUGGAAUUCGAACGGGCCAAUCGGUGGAUAGAGUCGGUGGUUCUCUCAAAGGACAAGUUCCAGGAUCGAAGGAACGAGAAAACAUUCAGUCGCGCCAGAGAAGAAGCUAGGAAAGUGUUGAGCUUUGAUUCAGACAUAGGACUGAGCUGCUCCACGAAUUCCAUAGACUUUGUGGGCCGAAGUCGAUCGGGGAAAGACGGAUACGCGAGACUCAUAAGAGAAUUCACUAUGGAGACGACUGCGGUCGCUGCCGGCUCUUCUCGAGCCAAAAAAGAGAAGAAGAAGCUCGGGCUCCGCCGACUUCUGCCAGGAUUCUUCUCGCCAAAGGAUUCUCGGAAAGACUACAAGAAGAAGGAGUCGAAAGAGCGGAAGAGACAGGACGACCGUCACUUUGCUCGCUACCAGCAGAACGGAAACUACACCAGGUCCCCUGAUACCAUGAACUUGAACGAAGACAUCAAGAGAAACGUCAAACUGGACAACAGUCUGAACGGAUCGAUCAUCGAGGAAAGACUGGACGAGAUUAAGCGGGAAUUGUUUCCUGACCAGGGUCCGAUAACCAGCACUCCGGACCAUCUGGCACGAGACGACGAUCAGAAUCUUUUGCGCGAUCGAGCCGGACCUCCUAGAUCCUACACUACCGACUCGAGCCUAAGCUCGAUCGCACCAGACGAGAGGUGGAUCGACAGAAACAAUUCCCACCUUGGUAUAUCCCCCGACAUCAGGAAGUUCGAACAGAGGCAAAAGCGCGAGGAACUAAACCAGAGGUACGGGCAACUGGAGCGCAAGCACAGCUUGCAGGAGCAGAACCACUCGACGCGAUCUUACGUGUUCCAUAGAAAUCACGGGCCCUCGGGUAGAAUCUCUGCCCCACCCAGCGAGAGAUACUUGGUGAGACCUAGAGCGAUUCAUCCGAUCGACAGACCCUUACCAGCGAUCCCUCACUCGCGAACGGAAUUGUCCAACUACCAGAACUAUCUGGAGGAGCUGGAAGAGAACCAGUCCGCCAGGUACGGGAAAAACGCGUACGCGUAUUCUUUCGCGGCUGACAAGUCGACGUACUCGAACGAAUCGGCUCUGUACGAGAACGAUAACGCGUCAGGUCUGAUCCUGAAAUCGGUCUCCGCUCAAGUAAAAAUCACCCGACAGCCGAUAGUAAAUCAGAAUCACAGGGCUCCUCUGGUAGGCAGAUCACCAAAGUAUCCUUCGUCAGGGUCCAGUCAGAAGUCUGGGGACUACGCCGACUCGAGCUGCACGCCAAAUUCUAGCCAGAAAAGCGAGUUCUCGCCCACCAGCUCGAAGAGCGGCGAAUAUUACUUGCACUCGCCGCGAAACAGCGGCUCGCCUAUGGGUAGAGACUUGGAGGAUGAUUGUCGCAGAGAGGGUAUUUACGAAAACGAGAAAUCGCCAUCGAGAUCGUCUACGCGUUGCAUGGACGAGCGUAUUUACGACGAGAGUCCGUCUUCCCCGUGUGAAGAUCGCACCACUCCCACUAAUUCCAAGCAGUUGGACUGUUCUAUGGAUGACUCUUUGGACAAAGGGGACACGCCGCCGAACCGGAGUCCCGCGAAGAGUUUGCAAUCCGUGCAAAAAUUCGACAACGGUCAAAGACACGAGCAGUCGACGAAUCAAGCGGGAUGCUGCAGCCCCGCGAGUUCGACGAGCGGGAGUCAAGGGAAGACGGCUUUGUCACCAGGAACGCGUGCUGCGUCGUCUUCGAGAAAAGCUCAACCUAACGAACAGAUCCUGAUAGCUUCGCCGAAGAGAGAAGCGUCGUACGAAACGAGAAUACCGCGGCCGUCGAACGAGUCCAGACGUUACGCCGUCGAAUCGCCAGUGCACAUAACCAAUUCCCCACGUCGACUUCAGUCAGCCAACUCGAUGGACCCUCGAGACCAAAGUUCCAGUGGAAAUCCACGCGAAGAUCAAUCCUUUUCCAGCUCGAGAGUAGCCAAAUUUUCGGGACAGGAUUCGUCUGGCAACUUGUCUUCGGAGUUACCGCGACCGGAGCCCAUCUACGGGCAUAGAAAUCAAUCGAUUCCCAGUCAGCGAUCGGAGGUUCACACUUAUCGGGUGAGCACGCAGAAGAAAGAUUGCGAGGAUAGAGUAGCUUGGGUCCAGGGCCGAGCAUCCUCGCCUACGAAGAGUCCUCAGAAACGAGCCGAGUCUGCCAGAGACGCGGAAGGUAACGUUCAGCGGAAAGAGAAGUGCAAUCGAUCUCUCGAUCUACAGCCAACGGAAAAUCAACGUCAACGACAAAAUCACGUCGUUCAGUCGCAACGUCCUGUUCCACCGCAUGCAACCGAACUUCAGCGAAGCAGGAUCCCCUGUCAAGAAAAAACACACCAGGUCGACAAUCCAAGGCACCCGGAUACGCCGCGACCACUCCAACAACAACAACAACAACAACAACAACAACAACAACAGCAACAAUCGCCGCAACCACGAUCCAUCGAGGAACCUUUGUACAUUCAGAGAGUACCAGAACCGAUAUACGGACAAAGAGUGCCGACCAGCGGAGCACUGUCCCCGUCGAAGCAGGAAACUCGACAACACUUGGAAGCAUUUUACUGGCAACAGAAGGCGCUCGAAGCGCGCAGGAAAUCCUUGGCGACACCGGUGAACGCGGCCCCUAGACAGACGGGGCGAAAAAUUGAUCUGCCCGAGGUCAGGGAAGCUGUGUAUUGGCAGCAACUCAAGAAGCUUGACGAGGAGCAACAGAGGCGUAUCUACGAGCAGAAUCUGAUAGGGGAGAGCCUCCAGUUCACAGGUGGAUCGAAACGCUCUUGUAGGCCGACGGCUUCGAGGCAAGCAACACCUCGAAACGUUCCGAUGACCGAUCAUCUCUCGAUAUCGACCGGUUACGGAGAUCCCUCUUCGUGGACAGACGAUCGUCAUCGUCCCAAAACGAAUCCCACUGGGAAACCGCCUCUGAUGCAGAGCCAGAAAGGUCAGAAUCAACCAGUGUUAAUUGUCAGACCGCAACAGGCGAUUCGAGACCGUCGAGAAGCGCCGAGCAAGACUCUCGAUCCGGCCAGACUCGAGGCUCAACGCUCCAAGAGCGCAUCCCCGCAUUUACAUCGUGGCGAGGGGCAGUCGAUCCCUCGAAAAGUCGAGACUCGUUCGGUUUACGAGGAGGAGGGUACCGACGUCGAUGGAAAAACAGCUCCUCCGCCGAUAUUUAAGAGGGGUAGCCUGAUAAACGGCGAGUGCGUCGAGUAUGGCAGCGUUGGUGGCGCGAAAAGAGUCAGUUUUUCGAAUCAGUCGGCCGUUGGACCCGAUUUGGCUAGCGGUAGCUGGCCGACGAAAUAUGGCACUGCUCCAGAACCGCCGACUCGAAGGCACAGGAGCGAGGACAGUACUUCCGAUACCGAUUCCGUGUUCCUUCAUCAAGACCGUCGCGAUGGAAGUCAUUGUCCUGACACCGCGGAGUACGAUGCCGACAGACCGCUACCGCCGCUACCCAAAGACUCGUCAACCAACGCGACCAGACCGGCUACUACGAGAAGCAACGCGUAUGGCGACCUUGGAUGGAAUACUGGCUCCGACCCUCGACGGUCUAUCAGUCCGAUGGCUACCGCUGAUCAGAUGCAGCGAGUUCUUCGACAGAAGGAGGAAGAGUGGAUUUCGGAUGGCAAGGGUCGACAGUCCAACGAUACCGGUGGGUCCGGCAGGGGGGAGGGUGAGGCAGGCUCGAACGAAAUUCCGAUCGGGAGGAGGGGCGGCGGCGGUGGCGGUGGCGUCGGCGUGGGUAGCGGCGGGGGCGUCGGAGGAGGAAGCGUGUUGGGUGUUGGCGGAGGCGGCGGAAGCGGAAGCAUCGGAGGAGGUUCGGUCGGUAGAAGCGGGUCUGGGGGUGGCGGCCGAUCGAGGGACGAGCCGAGGAGGCACACCCUCGGUGGCGAUCACCAGCCGUCCCUGCAUCAUCAGCAGUUCAACGCAGCCCAACAGUUGCACCCCCUUCAUCCCCAUCAUCCCCAUCAUCUGCCGCCGCCGCACGGCCAAUACGGUACACCGCCCUCGCGUCACACCACCAUGGAUCUCGAGAUGGGGACCAAGUCUCGCCAGAGAAAGUCGCCUCUACCGCGCGGUUUCCCGCCUCCCUCUUCGACGAUGUUGUUCGAUGAUGACCCGGGUAUCAUGUCCGAGGUGGAGACAUCUAGCACCGGAUUCCGACGGGGUGGCAAACAAAGAAGCAGCCUCCCCGUCGUACGGACACCCAGCAAAACUCUGGAGCGACCAUUAGGUCUAGUGUUCCUGCAGUAUAGGAACGAGACGAAGCGGGCGCUUCUACCGAACGAAAUCACAAGCAUAGACACCGUCAAGGCUCUCUUUGUCAGAAGCUUCCCGAAGCAACUUACCAUGGAAUAUCUAGACAGUCCUCACGUCAAGGUUUACAUACACGACAGCAGCAAGAACAUGUUCUACGAACUCGAAGAUCUCAGAUCUCAUCUGAGAGACAUCCGAGACCGCAGCGUCUUGAGACUCUUCGAGAGCACUGACGGUGUCACGGGAAUGCCAGGACCUUUGGGAGGAAUACCCGGGAAUGCACCAUUGGGAUUACCUCCUCAUUGGGAAGACCAGAGCUACUUCAGCGAGCCUGAGUUCGACAGCGAGUACCAGCAUCAGCACAUUCACAAGAGCAAGACGGCGAAAAAUUCUACUUCCGGAAGCAGUGGCUACUAUGUCGGGGGCAGCAGCACCCUGCCACGAGGGGGCCAGCUAAUGAGGGCGUACAGCCCAGCAGCGUCGUCCGUGGUCGGUGGACCAACCGCGACGCCGACGCAACCCAAACCUCUCACCACUCCAGGUGGUGGCGGGGUGCCGCCGGCCAAGCCGCUUCGCAGCUACCAGUGCAGUAAGAGUCCCCUUGGAAGCCUCGGGGGCUCGGCUCGCUUCUCUAGAGACAGCUCGGUCUCCCUCUAUAGUAUAGCAGAUCGAUUGCACGGAGAAAGUGGUUACAUGAGUAGUCCUGAACGAGGCGGAGGUGUCGGCUCUGGAACAGGAAGAUACCCUCCCGGACCUUACAGCGCCAGCAGCAGCUACGAAGACCCCUACUACUCGCAGUAUUCGGGAACCGUGACGCCUGUCAUCGACGAGGAAGCCAGCGAUACGGAGCUGUUGGAGGAAUCGUACAGCUUAUACGGCGUGAAACCGCCAGGCCGUCCGCCGUCUGGUCCACCGCGAUCCCCGUUUCCUCCAGGGGCGCCACCACCUCUGCCACCCGGUGGUCAGACCUACGACGCUACUCGGAUAAGGGUAGAACACAUGGAGAGACAGCUGGCCAACCUGACGGGACUGGUGCAGAAGGCUCUGACCCACGCGCCCCACACAAGCCCGUCGCCGCGAGAUUAUUUGCAAGUUCCCGCGACUCGCGAUCCGUACGCGAGAGGCCCAGGCGCCGGGGACGAGUUCGACAAACAUUCUAGCUCCAGCUCUGCCUCAUUGCCAGUGUCUCAACCUGCCGUUACAGAUGACUCGUACUUAAGGACUGACGUAAAACCACCAAAAUUAGGCAAAGACAAGUCGGUGUCGUUCGAAAAAUCAGUGUCCUUCAGCGACGAGCCGCCGGACAUGAACUCUCCUAAGCAGCAUUCCCCGCAACACGCAGCGGACACAAAACCAACGAAACCGGCGAUCAAAUCCUCCACGUUGCCGAGGAUGUCUUCGCAAGAGAGAGACAGGCAUAAACCGACUCCGCCGCCGAAACCGGCGGCGCUGGUUGCCGGUCAGUACGUCUACAGGGACCUGACACUGACACCAGAGAUGUACAAUCAACUAAGGGGCCUGCAGAAAAAGGCGAAGGAUCUCAGACAAGAGGUUAGAAACCUGAGGCGCAUGUCUCAGGCACAAGCCCACACGGUGCGAGAGACCAUACGGGAUACGUUCAUCACGAUCAGAGCCAUGUUGUUGUCGGGUGGAGAUGCAGCCUGGGCUGGCGGAGAUGCGGAGAAGAUUCGACUGAGCCGCGAAGAAGACCUCUACAAGCAGGAAGUGCUAAGGCUGGAAAAAGAUCUGACCGAGCUAGAGAGCACGGUGGAGGAACUCCGUGGCAACGUCAUCAACAGGAAAACGAGAGUUAAUAUGUCGGAUGUGGAGAAUAUGGCCUUGAUAUUGAGCAAAUCAAGCAAAACGGUGGCAGAUCUGAAGGUACGAUUCCCAAGUCUCCAAGAGGGCAUGAAGGGAGUGCUGAGCUCAGAAAUGGAGAAAGUGGUGCGCGAGGAGAAGUUCCUCAAGGAAGAACCCGAACGACUGGAGUCUGCUUUGAGACGUUGCAAAAAGCUUACCGGCACUCUCGUGACGCUCAAACGCUUGGCGUCGGUGCAAGAGCAGCGAUUACCAAACGCGGCGAGCGUAGACGCUGAAGAGACACCACCGAUAACACCCACGUCCGCUCAACAUUCCAAGGCAACUGCCCCUGUGCCAGCGGAACGCACUAUCGUGGGGUCAGCGAGCGUCAUCGGGGGAGGGACCCACCCUCACGAAUCACCCGCCACCCAUCAGCAGCGUCCGGAGAACGCACUCGACGCUCUGCUAGACGAGUUGCAGACCUUCUCGAGGCCGAGCUCGCAGCUCGGCCACGUACCCGGCUCCACGACGAUUCUCUCCGAGCUGGGCAGGUCGGGAAGCAGAGACUCCGGAGUAGUCCCGCCUGCCACCGUGACGCCAGGUCGGGCCCCGUGCAUCUCCGAUAUAGGAAGAAAAGGCAGCGUGGACUCGUCGAGUGGAAUUUUGAGCAGCAGCGUCAGCGGGACGGUGGUCGCUGUAGGUCCGCAGAACGCUGGUGGAACGCUCCGCAGAUUGCACUCUUAUCCGUCUAGCUCGGAUACGGAUACCUCCCCACCCAUAGCGAGACUUCAGGUGUCCCUGCAGGAACAGCCGAGCUUGCCAGUGCUGCCGCAAGGAUUCGUCCCGGGUCAAAAGCCGCCGGUGCCCGAGAGGAAUGCGGAAUUACUGCAGUUGGCCAGCGCGAGAAGAGUCCCGCCGCCUCCGCCGCCGCGCACCAGCUCCAGAUCUCCGUUGGCCAGUCCCACCAGCCCUCAGCUGCCACCUAGGAACCACUCUUGCAAUUUGCAAAGCGGAAACGCGACGCUGCGCAGGCCACCCGCGCGCACCAACUUGCCAGCGAAAGAGGGCAAACCACCGAUGGCCUUGCCGGCGGACGCUACGAACGCGGUGGUUCCCGCUUUGGAGCAAUCGGCAGCGAUGGUGCUCCAGAAUUCUUCGUCCUCCCAGUCGUCGAUAAUCCUGUCCGCCAGCAAUUCGAGCUCCUGUGAGAGCGUAAACUCCCAAGAAGGCUUGCAGAGCAAGAAAGGUAGACAAGAGCAACUGGAGCAACGUCAUCAAGAACUGCUGCGCAAACAGAAGGCUCUGCAGGAGCAGUACGCACGGCUCCAACAGCUGCAGAGGAACACAGCGGGUUUGACCACCGUCCCGCCAGCGCCUCCGGAUCUUCUGAAGAAAACGGGCUCCGAGAGCAACCUGCUGGCUAAGAUGGGCCUCGGAAUGAGCGCUGCUAGCUCGGGAUCCCUGACCAGUCUGACCGCGAAGCUGACAGCGUCGCAGGAGACCUCCAUGGACAAUCAGUCGCGACAGGACGAGCUUAACGAGCUCCAGCAACAGAUAGAGACUACAGCCGGCAAGAUGAUCGCUAACUCGAUGUCCAGCGUCACGGCCACAGCUCAAAUCGCCCCUCCUUCGAGCGAAACAAACGGCCAAGCGUUGACCAUUGCCAACACAAGUUGUGCCAACGUCACGACUAUUCCGACAACGGCGCCUAUUGCGAACGCGACCACUACGACCACGAGCAAGAUCUACGAGACGGAUAUUCUGUGACCGAGAAGCCGCUCCCUAAUCGGCCACAGCGUCAACGUGGCCGCCGAAGUCGUGCUCGCGAGUUAACGCGUCGAAUAUUCAUACCCGACCGGUCGCCGAUCUUUCCGUCGAAAAACAGGAUCGUGCACGAUAUAUUACUAUAAUAUUAUUAAUACCUAUCCGAUUCAGACCAAAAUACAACGUGUCUUUAUCGCCGAAACAAGGAACAGAUUAGCGACCGCGAGACGCGAAUCAGUAUUAACGAAAUCUGUGAGCCAACGAUGGACGCGAGAGACGGUUGUUGCAUUUGCCAGCAUGGAAGAUCGAUGGUUCGGAUUGGCGGCCGUCAGUGUCGCGGAAAGUAGAGUUACAGCGUAGAGAACUUAGCGAGUCACGCGUAAUUUAUAAUAUCGAUUAUCGUAAUUAACGGAUAUAGUAUUAAUAAUCGUAACGAAGAAUAGAGGUGUUUCGAUCGAAACCAGAAACGCGGCUCACUCGCCCCGUUUUCACUUUAAACGGCCCGUACUCGCUCGAGAUUUACUAGAGGUUUACCAUGCAGAUUUGGUCGCCCGUUUGCGUAACGAAAAAGGCCAUCGAGAACGAUGAUGGACCAAUUCUUCCGAAUAAAUCUUCAGUAAAUGUCUGUGUGCAUGGAGGUCUACUUACGAAUAAAAAGGAAAGGCGUGUACACCAGGAGACAUUAAUUUCUGAUGAUUAGAAUGAGUACGGCACACCGAACAUGUAUCCUUUUCUCUUUCCAGGAGAGUUUCUAGUAAUUGCACGAAUGAAACGCUAGAUAGCGUUUACAAAAAUACUCUGGAAUUGAACCGAUUGAACGUAUCCUUUGUUUUUGGUUUUAUUAUCAAAUAAACUGCGUUACAUUUAUCACUCUUCGAACACAUGUAAUCAUAACACAGAAACGUAAAUCGGUAUUUUACAUCGGACAUUACAGUAUUAUCAACUCAAGCUCAAUAAGAAAAACUACAAUUUACUGUAGUCUAAAUUUCUUGGGCAAUCUAUUUUGAAGUAUAACUGAUCCCUAAAGAAGCAUAGUUAUAUAUACCACGCCUGCUUCUGACAAAUAAGACGUUUCAUUAACGAGACACGAUAUUAUUUCUUGCAAUAAAAGAGUAUAAAUUUGAAAUACAUUUACAACGAUGUACUAGAAUAAUUUCUGUAAUGUCUCAAGAGAUUAAAAAUGUUCGAUCGGACAAAAGAUUUUGUCGAUGUCAUCUAACGUAUCGCAGGAGCAACUGGAAGCAACCUGGGAAAGAAACGAAGAGUAUUCUCCCGAAACAACAGAAGUGAAUACCUCCCAGUGUACUUUGCGCCGGAGGUCGAGUUUCUAUCCGAGAGAUCGAGCGACUCGAGCAAUCUUUCGCAACGAUUGUGCCAAAAACAGAAGACGAAAUAGGUACUCUGUGUUGCCACCUUAUUUUACGCGCGUCCAUUCCCACAGCCCCCCACAUCCCACACCCCGAGUAACAAGUUUCCUCGAGAGGUGCAAACGAUAACACACAUACCACGCCACCAGUCGACCGCGCGACGCAAAGC